AUGUCGUCGAACAAAAAAGGCGAGCGAAGCAUGGAUGCACCGGCGAAGAUGAAGGUCAUGGACUGUGGGGCGGAGCCAGGGGCCAAACAGGCUGUGAGCCUCAAGAUCGCAAAUGCUAUCCGCCCGGCUAUUGAAAGCCGGCUGGACCAGUUGCGGGAUGACAAGGAGCGGUGCAUAUGCUACAUCGAUGGCACAAAGACGAAUGGGGACGAUGUGAGUCGACCCGACAACUACGAGCUGCUCAAGGUCUACAUUGUUUCCCUGACUUCCGGAGUCACGUGUGCCAAGGUCGUGGUUCUCUAUCUGAGCUGUGUCUAUGGGUUCUGGUCGGCCCGAGAAAUCAAGCGGCGUGGCCGGAAGGGUGCCAUCAAGGCUGCUGCUGACUGGGCGGUGCUCCAGGGCUCCAAUCUACGAAAACUGGCAGCCUAUGUCAUCACGGCCCUGCAUCGUACGCCGUAUGCAAGGACAGAGGAGAUGAUGGUGUUGAAAGCCCUGCACCAGCGGAUCAACCGAACGGUUGUGCCUGAUCGACCCAACCGCCGGGCGACGAGUCAGGCUGCGAUCGCGAUCGAGGAUUUGGCUCAUGAUUCGCAGUCGUCGUCGUCGGCGACGUCGUCUGCUGGUUCGACGAUCGAGCUGCUCGACUCGGACGACGAUCGCGAGGUGUCAUCGGAGGACGAUUGCGAGGUGGCCUACUGCGAUCGCGAGGAAAUGGACGAGACAGAGCUCGAGAAGAUGCUGUCCGAGAUCUACGAGCCGGACGACCCGCUGGAGGCCCUCCCACUGUCGAGUAAUUCAUAA